CCAACACCCCUUUUCUUCUCCUCUUCUGCAAAUAGAGAUUUACCCAAAAAAAAAACAAAAAAAGGGAGGAAAAUAAGUGAUUAUUUAAAAAAAAAAUGAGCACAGCAAGAUUCAUAAAGUGUGUCACUGUCGGAGAUGGAGCUGUCGGAAAGACUUGUAUGCUCAUCUCCUAUACAAGCAAUAUUUUCCCGACGGAUUAUGUUCCGACGGUUUUCGACAACUUCAGUGCCAACGUGGUGGUCGACGGCAGCACCGUGAAUCUCGGCCUCUGGGAUACCGCCGGGCAAGAGGACUAUAACAGGCUAAGGCCCCUGAGCUACAGAGGGGCUGACGUGUUCUUGUUGGCCUUUUCCCUUAUCAGCAAGGCCAGUUACGAGAAUAUUUACAAGAAGUGGAUCCCGGAGCUCAAACAUUACGCGCCCAACGUCCCGGUCGUGCUCGUUGGAACCAAACUAGAUUUGAGGGAAGACGAAGAGUUCUUGAAGGAUCGUCCAGGGUCCACAGCUAUAACAACUGCCCAGGGAGAGGAAUUAAGGAAGCUAAUUGGAGCUGUUAGGUACAUAGAGUGCAGCUCCAAGACCCAACAGAAUGUGAAGACAGUGUUUGAUACAGCAAUAAGAGUGGCUUUGAGUCCACCAAAGGCAAAGAAGAAGGCAUUGCCAUUGGCAACCACCAAGAGGUCAAAAUCAUGCCUUUUCCUCUAAAGCAUUGUCCCCCUUUUUUUGGUCUUUAAUGCAAGACGACGAACAUCCCUAUGUCAAACCUUUUGAUACUCUCAUACAUUUGUGUUUUUUUUUUUAUAAAAAAAAAUCCUCUAUACAAUAGACAUAAUGAAGAUCAAUUUCCCCCCAUGAAAUACCAAUAUAUAUUUUAUUAAAUUUUAAGUUUUCAGGGCUAUCUUUGUGGAACCCUUCAUUUGUUAUUUAGAUUUAGUUGAAUUUUGGACAUGAUCAAGGCCAUGAUACCUAAGCAGCAGCCCACCGACCUUUCGUCUGGUUGAUUUUUUUUUUUGUCAAACCAUGAAGUUCACCUGGGCCUUCGACCUAACCUACAUCUCCGUGGGCCCGAAAACAGCCUUUGAACACACAACCUUUGGCUAUGCCUCUCCCUCCCCGCAUGUCUGGAUUCGAACCCCUGACCUGGAGGAGGAACACCCUCACUUCCAGUCCAAGUACCACUCGACCACAGUCUGGUUGAUUUUACACCACAAAAACGAAUUUGUAGACAUACCCUUUGGUUAUGACAGCCUUGUCCAUGGAAGGGACUCGAUUAAAUCCGAACCCAAACAACAGAAUGCAAACAAAAACAUCGAGGCACCCAAAAAAGCCAUAGAAACAAUACAGAACAGAAGCCAAACAUGGUACGGGACAAGAUCAUAGAUCAUAUGAGUUUAAGUUACUCGAGGAAGAAUGAGACGGGCAUGAAUAAAAACAGAGGAAACUAUCACAGUCAUGUCUUGAAGAGCCUAAAGUCUGAGAUAGGUAGGUGCCCAAAGUUCUGUAGUUAUAACCACAGCUUCUUUCUUUCAUCAAUGGGGCAAGAGGUAAAUAAGAACAGUUUAUGUUUACUUGAA